UCAACUGAGAUCUACGCGCUCAUAGCUGUAUUAGGCACAUAUAUCCUCUUUGGUCUAUAUCUAUCUUGGGCGUUUUUACCCGUGAAUUGGUUAGAAAAAAUAGGAUGGAGUUGGUUUCCUUCUCAAGAAUGGGCUAUUGUCGUACCGUGCUGGAUGAUGCUCUGCGUUUUACUCACUUAUUGGAGUUAUGCAGCUUUGAUGGCUUAUAACACUCCCCCAUUCGACUCUUUGAGGUCGUUCACGGACCCGUUCGCCAAAAUACCUCCUAAAUCUUCUUCUCCUGAAGAUUCUUUCGCAGAAGAAGCAGUAGAUCUUCCUAUAGACCUUGUCAAUCGAAUCUUGUAU